UCCAGUCUCGCCUUGCCUUGGUUGCCGAGCCACGCCCACGCGUCCAUGGUAUGCGCGGGAACCUCCCGUCCGCCGCUGCCGCUGCCGCCACCGCCGCGUCCAGCAAUGGUGCCGCCCUCCCUCUCUCCUUCUCCCACACGAAGCAGCUCCACGCGCGCCUCAUCCUCGCCUCCGCCUCCCACGCCGACCUCCGCCUCCUCCUCCUCCGCUCCUACGCCGCGCGAGGCGACCUCGCCUCGGCCCGCCGCCUGCUGGACGAGGCGCCCCGUCCGGCCUCGCCGCUCCUCUACAACGCGCUCAUCCGCGCCCACGCCCUCUGUCUCGACCUCCCCGCGGCGCUCGCGCACUUCGCCCGCAUGCGCCGCUCCGCCACCCCGCCCGACGCGCGCACCUUCGCCUGCGUCCUCCGCGCCUGCGCCGACUGCUCGCGCCCGGGCGCCGUCAAGGUCGUCCAUGGCGUCGCGUCAUCCCGCGGCAUGUGCCCGCAUCCGAUCGUGGGGAGCGCGCUCGUCAGCGGGUACGCGAAGCUUGGCCUCUUGGACGAUGCUCGCCGCGUGUUCGAUGGAUUGCGUGAGCCGGACUUGGUUCUCUGGAACUCCAUGAUGUCUGCGUAUAGUUACCGGGGGAUGUGGCAUGAUGGUCUGCAGAUGUUUUUGGCAAUGCGGAGAGCUGGGGAGCAGCCGGAUGGGUAUUCAAUGGUUGCCUUAGUCUCAUGCUUCUGGGACCUGGAGGCACUUACAUUUGGUCAAGCGGUUCACGGAUUGUGUGUCAAAGGGGGUUUUGACUCCGGGCACCAUAUGAGAAGUGCACUUGUUUCCAUGUACAUGAGAUGUGGGUGCAUGGAAUCUGGCCAAAGCUUGUUUCAUAACUUGCCAGAUGCGGAUUUAGUUACCUGGUCAUCACUGAUUACUGGACUAGUGCAAACUGGCAAGUACUUGGAGUCAUUUGAUUUGUUUCGACAAAUGUGCUUUACUGGGAGAAGGCCUGACAGAAUAUUGAUUGCUAGUGUUCUGUCAGCAUGUGCUUCUACAACUGCUAUCAGUUGUACCAGGGAGGUCCAUUGUUAUGUGCUCAGGCUUGGAGCCGAUAGGGACAUUAGAGUCUCAUCUUCACUAAUGGAUGCCUAUGCAAAAUGUGGUUUCGCUGAGCUCGGAUAUUUUGUGUUCUGCCAAAUACCUAAUAAGAACUCAGUCAUGUACAACACGGUCAUAUCAAACCUUGGAUCUCAUGGUUUUGCAACUAAGGCCAUUGAAGUCCUUGAUGAGAUGGUCAAUGAUGACCUCAGGCCUGAUAGUGCUACCUUCUCUGCUUUACUUGCUGCUUGUUGUCAUGUGGGAAACUUGGAGGAGGGAUGGAAGUUGUUCAGGAGAAUGAGGGAUGAGUUUGAGAUAGUGGUUGAAAUGGAGCACUAUGUGUACAUGGUGAGGCUUCUCGCAAUGUUUGGCCAGCUGAAGGAGGCAUAUGAUCUUAUACAAACAAUGCACAUACAACCAGAUUGUGGUGUGUGGGGUGCAUUGCUUUGGGGUUGCUGUGUCCAUCGUGAUUCCAGCCUUGGCAGGAUUGUUGCUGAAAAGCUUUUUGAAUUCAAUCCAGACAAAGCUGCUUAUAGGGUCCUGCUCUCAAACCUUUAUGCCUCACAAGAGAUGUGGUGGGAUGCUGAGGAGAUUAGGGAUGAAUUGUCAAAAGAAGAAAUGUAUAAGAACACAGGGAUAAGUUGGGUUGGUGAAGUAAAGAAAUGAUAGUUAGCAUCAGCCACUGAAAAGCAUGUCAGAUAUCAAGUACUCCAUUUCAAAAGUCUGAUUGCUUCUACAAUGCUGGAUGGAUGGAAGAUAUGCGCGAAGUUGUUAAUUUUCUUCAUCAGGAGUAUCCAGAGGCUCCACUUUUCACUCUUGGGACAAGCAUAGGUGCCAAUAUUGUGGUGAGUACCUUGGAGAAGAAGGUGAAAGCACCCCUGUAGCUGGUGGUCCAUCUAUUUUCUCACCCUGGGAUCUGCUGCACUGCAAUUAUGCAGGUGACCAACAGAUUUAUUUCACGCAAGCUUGUGCAGCGAUGUUAUGACAGAGCCCUUGCAAUUAGCCUCAAGGGAUAUGCAAAACUUCGUCAACAUGCUCGAAGCUGCAUGGUGGGUUCUUCAAUGUAUCCUGAUCGCUGCGUACCAGUACCUUAGGAACUUGAACAUGCACAAAUAGCGCGUGCCACGAGAAUACGAUCCUCAGCUGCUACUUAUUGCUGGGGAUUCUGUUUCAGCAUCAGGCUAUCAACGCAAACUAAAGUCGCUUCUGCCAUCUUAAUGAUCGCCCUCCAUGCAUCGGCCGCUGCCGCUUUACUUCAUCAAUGUCUACCUACCAUGCUUAUGCAAAUGGGUUCAAAACUAAACUAUAUCCACACCAAUCCAUUCUCAUUAAGGAAAUUAAUAUUACCCACACCACUCCAAACCACCACCACCACAAAUCAAUCCAACCCAAAUAUUUCAGCUCAUGAUGUAAUAAACUAUUAGUCAAACUAUGGUUACAAUAAGAACCUGUUUCUCCAAAAAAAUUUAUAGUGUAGAUUUUGCCACAACGUUUUGCAUAGAGUAGCUGUCAGUUAUACUGAGCCAUCUCCAACAAAUUUUGGUUAAUUUUAUUAAAAUUUAUAGUGUGAAUGCGAGAUUUUAUUUCUAGGGUCCGGCUCUUGACGUGGGACACACGUAUAAUUCUAGCCACACUGUUUUGCACAAAGUACUGCUAGUUAUACCGAGUCAUCUCCAACAAAUUUCAGUCAAUUUCGAUAAAAUUUAUAGUAUGAACGCGAGGUUUUAUUUCUAGGGUCCGGUUCUUGAUGUGAGACUCAUGUGUAAUUCUAGCCACUAUUAUGUGCAGAGUAGCUCCUAGUCAUACUGAGUCAUCUUCAACAAAUUUCAGUCAAUUUUGAUAAAAUUUUAUAGUGUGAACGCGAGAUUUUAUUUCUAGGGUCCGACUCUUGAUGCGGGACCCACGUGUAAUUCUAGCCACACUGCUUUGCACAAAGUAGCUGCUAGCCAUACUGAGCCAUCUCUAACAAAUUUCAGUCAAUUUUGAUAAAAUUUUAAAAUAUGAACGCGAGAUUUUAUUUCUAGGGUUCGGUUCUUGAUGUGGGACCCUUGUGUAAUUCUAGCCAUGCUGUUUUGUACAGAGUAGAUACUAGUCAUACUGAGUCAUCUCCAACAAAUUUCAGUGAAUUUCGAUAAAAUUUUAUAGUGUAAACGCAUUUCUAGGGUCCGGCUCUUGAUGCGGGACACACGUGUAAUUCUAGCCACACUGUUUUGCACAAAAUAGCUGCAGUCAUUCUGAGCCAUCUCCAAUAAAUUUCAGUUAAUUUUGAUAAAAUUUUAUAAUGUAAACGCGAUGUUUUAUUUCUAAGGUUCGGCUCUUACGAACCGACAUUUAUAUAUAAUCUUACUGUUUUACAUAUGGUAAUGACUUCAUAUCGGCCGGCCGUAAUUUGGUUGAACGGAACGGCCGAUUUGAUCUGUGCGUUUCCGCACCAUUUAGAACCAACCACCACGCCGCUUUUAUUUUGGGUUUUUUAGAUUCACACCAUUACAAUUUUCAAAGUUUGGAGAAACGCCAUUACUAUUCGUCUAUUUUGAAACAUACCAUUAUAAUUUUUCGCUUCUCACAAAAAUGCCACGGAAUACGUAUGGAGACAACCUGGGCCCAACUGCAGGUGUACACGAAUACGUAUAUUGCAUUGAAGACCCUUUCUCCUACCACUGACUCGCGGGCUCCACAUGUCAUCUUCUUCCUCCUCUCGCCAUCUUCCCAUUGCUGAGCCGCAUCCGCCAUCAUCGAUGGUCAGCAGUAGCAGCACGUGGCCAGGCGGGCGAGCAGCAGCACGUCGAGCUCCGUGUCGGCCACGUCCGCCGCCGGCCCCUAGCUCCGCGUUGCGCGCUCCGCCCGCGCGCUCCGCGUCGCGAGCUCCGCCCGCUGCCACGUCCGACGCCGGCCCCUUGCUCCGCGUUGCGAGCUCCGCCCGCGCGCUCCGCGAGCUCCGCCCGCUGCCUGGAGCGCGAGCUUCAUGCCGGCCGCGUGCUACGCCAUCCGCUCGCUCAGCCUCCCUCUCCCUCCAUGGCUUGGCCUCACGCAGAUCCGGUGGUUGGCGGCGGCAUGCUCCCGGCGGCGGUUGGCGGCGGCGCGCUCCCGGCGGCGGGCGGGGGACCUGGCGCAGGCGCAUCGCGUCGACCAGCAGCAGCUCGCCGCUGCCACCGAGCCACCCGAGCUCCGUGCCUUCGCCAUUGACAGCCAUGGAUGGUGCUCACCAAGACAAGAGAAGAGGAGGAAUAAGAUGACAUGUGGGGCCCACGAGUCAGUGAUAGGAGAGAGGGCCUUCAAUGCAAUAUACGUAUUCGUGUACACCUGCAGCUGGGCCCAGGUUGUCUCCAUACGUAUUCCGUGGCAUUUUUGUAAGAAGCGAAAAAUUCUAAUGGUAUAUUUCGAAAUAGACGAAUAGCAAUAGCGUUUCUCCAAACUUUAAAAAUUGUAAUGGUGUGGAUAAAAAAAAAACUUUUAUUUUCCAGUGCUCCUCCGCUCCUCUCCUCCUCCCGUGUUUCAUUUUGUCUCCCCCACCCCUCUUCUCUAUGGUUCUUCUCUCCCUACCCUCUCGCAUACCAUCCGGGUAUCCGGCGGCGGUGCACAGGAGGGCUAGGUGGCGGGCCGCAGGCGCUUCCAAGGAAGGAAGGAAGGAGCUGCUCGGGCGCUUGCCCUGCUCGCAGGAGGAGCUCGCCGCCGCCCUCCAUGGCUUCGCGUGCAGGAGAGGUUGUGCCCUCCCUAAGUACGCGCGCCGCAGGAGAAGGGGGUCGUGCGGGAGCGGCGCCAACUUCGGGUCCACGCGCCGCCUGGAGAAAGACGGAGCCGUUGCUCGCCGGGAUGAAGGAGCCCGCGCCGAACUGGAUCCGCUCGGAGCUUCGCGCGCCGCCGGGGAGGAUACACCGCCGCCGCCUUGGACUCGAGCGCGCCGCGACCUCCUUGGAGCAGAUCCACCGAUGUGCGUGCCACCGGGUCCGAUCUGCUUGGGUCCGUGCAGCACGGGAGGUCCGUGCGUGCCUAGGUUCUGCUGGUCCCUAGGUCGCCUUCCUCGAGGAAGAACCGCGUCGCCGGAGAGGAGCUGCUCUAGCUGAGGGAGGAUAUGCGCCCCUCCGCUUGCGCCUCGUAGUGCCCCUCCACAGUAGCGGCCGCGACCCUCGCAAUCCCAAUUCUGGGGGGAGACCUUUGCGUGUGGGGCCCGGUGGAGAUGGCCUCGUCGUCGGCGUCCUCGAUGCAUGAAGUCACCAUCACCCUCGCUGCCCGCAGCGUUCAGGUGAGCCGCCCCUGUCACCAUUCUCCGCUAGGGAUUUGUUGUCGUUGAUUUGGAAGCCGCUACCGUCCUCAGGAGGCGAGACCCCAAACCAGAGCUUCUGCUCAGGGACAUACACGACGAGGCUGUUGAAUGGCAACACCCAGCUGCCGGCCUGAUCAUUCCAUUACGCGCUCAGCAAGGUAGAGUAUCGUUAGAACUUGUAGAAACUGGAAACCAGUUUCACGGUACAUGACACUAAAAUUGAAUCGUCAGGCCUUGUUAAUUUGGUGCUUACUUUGCUUCUCCAUUAUUGCUCUUUUAAACCUAACUUUGCUCGAUUCAGCAGUCAUUUGGGUAAACAGUUAAUUAUCUCAUCUCUAAGGAAGACACACCAUAGAUUUUAGUUUGUAGACGAUAUGAACAAGACUAUGUUAAUUAUCUAAUUAUUAAAUGUUAGAGGAAAAAAAAUUGUAGCUACGGUUUAUGCUUGCACUGUCUUCAGUGCCUUUUGGCAUUAUUUCUCUAUCAGGAAGGAAUUUGUACUGUCUUCAUUUUUCUAGGCAACAAUAGUUAUUUCACCAGGCAAUAAUGUGUUAAGAACAAAGGCAACUCAGCACAUUUAUCUUGGCAAUUCUUCUGAUUUUAUAUAUGCUACUCAAUCCAUUUAUCUAGGAAAUAAUGUGUUUUAAGAAUAAAGGCAAUACAAUGCAUUUAUCUAGGAAAUAAGAAAGCCACCAUUGAAAUAACAUGUAUGCGGGAGUCUAUGGUUUCUAGUUGCAGUAAGUCUUUUGCUAUCCAGUUAGUAGCGCAUUGUCAUCUUAUGUCUAUGCUUUGUCUAAUGGAUUGUGAAACAAAUCUGACUGCAGCCUAUGCAGAUCCACGAGAUUAAGGACUUUCUUUUGGCUGCGAGGAGGAAGAUUGCCCAUUCUGUGAAGAUCUAGAGGAGUAAGGAUGUUGUCAAGUUCAAGGUGCGCUGCUCCAAGUACUUGUAUACCCUCUGCGUCUUCGAUGCUGAGAAGGCGAACAAGUUGAAGCAAUCUCAUUCCACAGGGAUCGCAAGGGCCACGCCGCCUGCAUCGUGCUGCACUAGGGGCCAUGCUCCAUGGUUCUCUCUCUCGAGUGGAAGGACAGAUUUGAAUACAUAUAUGCAUUGUCAAGCAUGGUGAGUCAACUUAUGCUAUGAUGGCUGCAUCUCUUCUGGACUGAUCGCUGGAUGCACGGUUGUGCUGCAAGCACGGCAUGCGGCGUCCGCUGGCUGGCAAGCAAAAGCAUCACAUGGCAAAUGCAAGAAGGUAAAGCAACAUUGCAUAUCUUCGAUGGAAAGGAAAAGUGCAAGGCUAAGGCCAAAUUGAGAGACUUGAUACGAAUGAAAUCAUCAAUGAUGUGAUGACCAAAACUAGUCGAGCUUCAUUUUACAUGGACAGUUCUCCCACACCUGCUCCUGCUCUCACUUCUGAGGAACCUAGGCGUGUGCCAUGUGCCACCACCUCCCAGAAAUGCAUACGAACAAAUGACAUUGAAAAUGUGGGAUGCACAAUUAGACACCAGACCUUAUUUGAGAUGCUUGGGAACUUCAGCUUUGGCGAUUACUUCAAGAAGGGAGCAACUGCAUGGGCAUGGGAGCUGGCAACUAAGGAAUAUGGGUUACCUGCAGAAAGGCUGUGGAUUAGUGUUAUCGAAUAUAAUGAUGAAGCAUUCAACAUCUGGCACAAUGAGUCUGCUAGAACAUGCUCACACAAAUCUGAUUAUGGAGCCAGUCCAAGCUUUUUUGGUUCUAGAAGACAAGGCGUGAACAGCAUAAGGCCUCUAUUUGCAUGUAUGUUCAGUCCAUGCUGCACCUUAUGAGCAGGCAGCGAUGUCCCAAGUGUGGGCCACCGUGGAGCAUCAGAAGGUUUCCAGAUAUCCUAUUGCCACACUCUCGUGCGCUGUGUGCAGUUGUUUAUUGUGAAUGUUUUGAUGGGUGAAAGUGAAACUACCUUUGUAUAUGUUGUAAUUUGCUUAUAGCUAUUCAAAACUUUGCUUAUAAGGUCCGAACCGCUGAGUUGAAUUGCAUGUACUAAAGAAGGUAGAAACGUCCAGAUUCCAGAA